GUUUGUUAUUCUAUGAUUAGCUGUCACUGUCGGUGAUCAGUGACAUAACUCUUAUAAUAAAAUGAAUUCUGUCUCUUUGAAAUUAUUUUCAUUAUCUAAAACGGGCUCCAAAUUUCUGAGGCCUUCCGCCUUAGUCCCUAAUCAGAAAUACUUGUCCAGCUCUCCAAAAGAUGGUUACAUUUAUGUCAAUGAUAAGGCACCAAGCAUGGCAUUUAAUGAUAUUACUGACCGUGCUGCACAAAUAAUGUUUUUCACUGAAUUGUUCAGAGGAUUUGGGGUGACUUUAGCUCAUAUUUUCAAGGAACCUGCAACAAUCAACUAUCCUUUUGAAAAAGGACCUUUGAGUCCUCGAUUCAGGGGAGAACAUGCUCUGAGGCGAUACCCAUCUGGAGAAGAACGUUGUAUUGCUUGUAAACUAUGUGAAGCAAUAUGCCCCGCACAAGCAAUCACAAUUGAAGCAGAAGAACGUGCAGAUGGUUCAAGACGUACCACCCGCUAUGACAUUGAUAUGACCAAAUGCAUUUAUUGUGGUUUUUGCCAGGAAGCUUGUCCAGUAGAUGCGAUUGUGGAAGGUCCUAAUUUUGAGUUUUCUACUGAGACACACGAAGAAUUGCUUUACAACAAGGAAAAGUUAUUGAAUAAUGGUGAUAAAUGGGAGUCAGAGAUAGCUGCAAAUAUUCAUGCAGAUCACCUCUAUCGUUGAUUUAUUUUAAGAUAAUGUAAAUAACUGUCUAGAGAAUAAAAUAUAUUUAGAAAGGUA